AUGGCCAGUACCCAACCUCUUACGUCAUUACUCUCCUCUCAGGGGAGGCCUAUGUCUGGGUCACCAUCUUUUAUUCGUCCACCUCCGUUUCAGCAGACUGCAGGACAUAGUUUUUCAUCCUUCCAGCAGACACAGGGGCCCCCAGGAUUCCAGCAGACUGGAGGAUCCUACACUCCAUAUCCCACACAGGUGCCCUUAUCCUUCCAGCAGACACAGGGGCCCCCAGGAUUCCAGCAGACUGGAGGAUCCUACACUCCAUAUCCCACACAGGUGCCCUUAUCCUUCCAGCAGACACAGGGGCCCCCACGCUUCCAGCAGACUAGGGGAUCCCACACCCCGCCUCCCACUCAUAUACCUGCACGUGAGGAUGAUCAUGUGGAUCCGGGUGGGGAUGAUACUGUGCAGGAUGAAGAUGAUGUUCAGUCUGAUGGUGAUGGUGUUCAGGGGGAGGAUGAUCCUAGUGAGAUUCAUAUCAUUGACGGUAGAUAUUAUAUUUGGCCCGCUGGAAAUUCGUUUGGGCCGAGUCGGACUGCUGCGAGGUGUGUGUACUAUGUGAUUCAGCAAAUGUAUAAAGAAGCUUGGACGACUUUUGGAGAUGUUCCAAAUAAAAAUGCUUGGUUUAAUUGUUUUAAGGAAAAGUGUACGUGGGAUCCAAUGAGCGAGAAACUUGUUAAAAAAAAUUAUUUCAGCAGAACAUCAAAAAGACUUUCUGACACAUUGCAAAAUGUUAGAAAGCGUUGGGAACGUGAUGGUAGUCGUCCCGGGUGGUUGGGCCAAGAAGUUCUUGAGAAACUUAUUGCAUAUUGGAAUUCAAAGGAAUUUAAAGCUAAAUCUGAAAAUGCUAAAAAAAUGAGGGCUAAAAGGUUGGGGAGACAACCACUCAUGAUCGAGUUGGUUAAAGAAACUAGGACAAAAAAAUCGGGUGAUUUGGUUGAUGAGCGCACUCGAAAAGCUUUGGAGGAUUAUCAAACAAAGCUUGUGGAUUUUUUGGUCGCUAAUCCCAAAUAUACUCCUAAAGAAGGAGAGCCGCUUCAUCCAGAUGUUGAUUUUUAUAUUUGGAGUGAAGUCGUUGACGGAAAAGGGCCUAAUGGAUGUUUUUUUGGUGCGGGAAAUUUGGCGGGAAGCUUGAGAAGUGGUGAUAGAAAUUUAUUUCAAAGAGUUAGAGAUGGGGAAGGAUCGUCACGUCCAACACAAUUGACACCGCAAGUAAUGGAAACAAUAAGACAGUUGGCUCUAACUGAAGCGAGACGUGAGUUAGCGCAACGUGAGGCGGAGCUAAAGGCCCAAAUGGAUGAACGUGAAGCGGCGCUAAAAGCACAAGUGGAGGGGCAACAACGGCAAAUAGAGGCAAUGGCGAAGAUGCAAGCAGAGAUGCAACAACAACAAAUAGAGGCAAUGGCGAAGAUGCAAGCAGAGAUGCAACAACAAAUGCGGUUAUUUAUGCAGUCUCAACAAAGUGGUGGUCAACCGUCUAGAGAAAACGUGGGAGCAGCUGACAUUGAGCAAGAGAAUGAUGAUGAUUUCAACCUUGAUAAUUAUCCCGAUCCCGGUGAUGAUUUUUUAGGAUGA